AUGGAAGAAAAUAUAUUGAGAUGGCUAGAAGAGGAGUCAGAUGAGGAUGAUUUGAUUGUAAGCGAACAGGAAGAGGAUUUGAGGGAAGAAGAAAAUAUAAUUCAUUCUCCGCAUAGCACUGACACCGAGCAAGAAGAUGACGAAAAUGAUGGGAUUGCUGGACAAAACAACAGUGAUUCGGAUGAAAGUGUACCGCUUGCAGAUUUACCCUCUUAUAAGUCACGAAAUGAGACAGAAUGGAGGAAACGUUCAUUUCCUGCUACAAGGGUACGUUCUCACAACAUUAUACAAAAACCUUUAGGACCAAAGGGUACUGCUUGUAAUGCCAGCACACCUCUUCAAUGUUUCGAGUUAUUUUUUGACCCUGAUGUUUUUGAAUCCUUGGUAAAUUGUACAAAUAUAUACAUAAAUACUAUAAAGACAAAAUACCAAAGAGAACGAGAUGCGAAGCCUACGAAUCUUACUGAAAUGAGAGCGUUUGUUGGGUUACUUAUAGUAAUCGGAGCCAAUAGAUCAGGACGUCAAAACCUUAGAGACUUUUGGGACAACUCCAUUGGGACCGGUUUUGAACUGGUCUAUCUGACAAUUUCUAUAAACAGAUUUUGUUUCCUACUAUGA